AUGUCGGCGGUUAGCGCACGCCCGGCGGCGGCGGGGUUCGCGCCGCGCCAUCUUCGUCGCCCGCAGGCGGCGCGGGUGAUGAUCCCUCGCGCCGCGGGCUCGGGCGAGACCCCUCAGAAGGGCACACGCCCUCCGAGACGGACGCUGCCCCCGAGGGAGGGCCGCCCGCCCCCCGCAUCGUCCGCACCGAGCCCCCCGUCCACGAGUGGCGCGGCGGGCGAGGAUAUCGGCGCGGGUGCUCGAGGCGGCCGCGGGGCGGCAACACGCGGCCGCGGCGCUCGAGGCCGCGGCGCUCGAGGCGGGCGAGGCGGGCGGGGUGGACGGGGACGGGGACGGGGACGGGAGGGCGAUCCCAACCUCAGCGCCGAGAUUUCCAAGCGCAUCGGCGUCAACCAGGACCUCGCCAAGGCGAGCAAGAUCGACGACGUCAGGUUCGUGGUGCAGAAAAACGGCAACGCGGAGGCGUUCAACGCCGUCAACGUCGCCACCGCCUACAGCAGGCUCGGACGGCACGUGCGGGACUGGGAGCGGGGCACGCUCGACGGCGCCGAGUGGUACCUCGCGCUGGAGCGGCGCGCGAGGGCGCUCACGCCGGAGAUGUCGGCGUGGGCGGCGUCCUCGGUGACGUGGGCGCUCGGCAGGACGGGAAGAAACCCGGGCGCCGCGUUCUGGGUCGACCUCGAGGCCAAGCUGUGCACGGUGGCGGACGAGCUCGAGCCGCAGGGCGUGGCGAAUGUGUUGUGGGGGUUAGCCGCGUUGGAGCAUCGAGCGUCGCCGCGGCUUCGCGACGCGCUCGAGGCGGCGGCGGUGAAACACUGCAGGUUCGCGUCCAAAGAGGGCGGGCGUGAUGUGAAGAGGGGCCCCGUUCGUGCUCCGCCGAGGAGGGACGACCGACGACGGCCGAACGAGGGCCAGUCUCCGGGGUUCAAGCCUUACGAGCUCACGAUGAUGUUCUGGGCGCUGACGCGGCUUGGGGACGAACCGGGGAUGGAGCUCAGGGGACUGUUCGAGGCGCAGUGCGGGCGGCAGCUACACCUCCUCAAGCCACAGGAGCUAUCCAUGGUGGCGAGCGCCUACGGGCGCGUGGAGAGGGUCGCGCCGCUUCUCGCCGCGGUGGCCGAGGAGAGCGUGAUGCGCGCGGGCCUCAACAACUUCAAGCCGAACGAGAUCGCGAACCUGAUGUGGGGAUUGGCCAAGGUUCACGCCAGGCAGCUCUCGGACGGGGUCAACUUCGGCGACCUUGACGAUCGGUUCGCGUUGGACGACCCCGAGGGGUUCGGGGCGCUGACCAGGCUCCUCGCGCCGGGCGUCAGCGGCAAGGCGCUCGUGCGGCAGGACUUGUUAGACGUCUUCGUGGACGAGUUCUCCGCCAGGGCUCACGAGUUCACCUCCGGGGACAUGGCGCUGAGCGCUUGGGCGAUCGCGACGCUGACGGCCAAACCCACGAGGUACGAGACCAGGUUCGAGCUGGACGGGGACGGCUCCUCCGCCACUGUGGAGGUUGCCCAGGCGAACGAACUUCCGAGCAAAGUCGCGGCGCUGGAACCAAUCGAAUCCGCCGCCGUGGUCAGGGUCAAGGAUUUCUCCCCGCUGGACUUCGCCAACUUGCUCUGGGCCUUCGCCAAGCUGAACCACACGCCCGGGGAUCGUUUCCAGGCGGAGUUCGAGGAGGCUGUGAUUGAGAAGAUAUCCAAAUUCGACGCUCAGGUGUUGGCCAACACGGUUUACGCGUACGCCGCGCUUCAGCUCCCGGGUGCCAGGAACGUCCUCCCCCUGAUCGGACUUCACUUCAAGGACAGGCUGCACGAGUUCAAGCCGAGGGAGCUCCUGAUGGUGUUGUGGGCGUUCACGCGCUGUUCGUACGACCCGGGGGCUGACGCGAUGGCGAGGUUUGAGCGCGCGAUGCGUCCGAUGACGGACAAUCUCGCCCCCGACGAGGUCACCCAGUACCUGUGGGCGUCCGCCGUGCUCAAGUACCGACCCACCGAGGGUGCCUUGCGCGGGUUCGAGACCAGGAUCGUGGACUGUCCCUCGCGGUUCAGCGGCACGCCCAUCGCGUUGACGCUGUGGGCGUACGCCACCCUGAAUUUGCCGCCGCCAUUUGCGGUGAUGGACCGGUUCGGCGACGAGCUCGAGUUGUCCAGGGCGGAUGAGUUCUAUCCACAGGAUCUAUCGCUCGGGUUCUGGUCAGCGGCGGUGAUCAUGACCCAACCGAAGGCGGAUGACGUGCCGAUGGUGAACGCGCUGGACACGGGCGCCAGGGAGCGCGUGCUGAGGCAGAUGGCCAAGCACCUCGGUUCGUUGGGCGCGACUUCCGUUUCCCCGGAGGGUCUCUCCGCGAUUUACAUGGCUAUUCUGGCGGUGGAGAUGCACUCCCCGUCGCUCUUCGCGGAGCUAAAGAGCAACUGGGGUCAUCUCGCGGCCGCGGCGGAGUCGUCGUGGAGGGCCACGAAGGGCAAGGGCCCCACCGUGAGCAAGCUGCAGAAGGCUGUGGGCAAGACGCUCGACGAGCUCGGCGUCGAGUACGAGUCCGAGAAGCUCGUACGCGGGGGUUUGAUUCGACCGGAUUUCGUCGUGAAGGGAAAGGCGAAGAUCGUCGUGGAGGUGGACGGGCCGUACCACUUCAGCGUCGAGCCGAGCGCGGCGUCGGAUGCGGGUGAGGAGCUGGAGGAUUGGUUCGGAGGGGGCGGCGGCGAGACACCUGACGCGCUCGAGAAGGAUCGAUUCGGGUUUGGGUCCGUGCUCAGGCCCCUCGGAGGCACGAUCCUGCGAAACCAGCUGCUCAGUUCGUGGGGCUGGAACGUGGUCACGGUGUCCUACCGGGACUGGGUGAAGGCGGAUAACGACACGUCGGGUGGAGCGAAGAGGGAGUACCUCAAAGGUCUGCUUGAUCAAGCCGGUUACUCCUGCUUGCCGAAGGAUGAUCGAGGUGCUGGGCUGGCCCACACCGGCCGCUUGGGAGACCGCUGCCCCUUCUUCGCAGUCGCCGGCGAAUUCCUCUCCUCCUCUCCAAAUCUGGACGUCGGCGCGGCUUUCGGCGAAGGGCCCGGCGAACCGGUGUCGCUCCCGCUGUCCGACCCGACCUCGUUCAUGGCCACCUGGUUGAAGUGGUGGUUAGCGCUGAGGUCGGCUCGCAUCAGCGCGUUCUCCUCUCGAAGCUCCUUCAGCUCGGCCAUCGCAGCCUCGUAUUCCUUCUCGAGCUCCGAUUUUGAGUGCUCCGAGUCCACGCGCAUCGCCUCCGCGCGCCUCACGUUCGCCUCCGAAGCCGCGGACGCCACCGCAUCGCGCAGGAACGCCGCCUCGUCCGUCGCCUCAUCGAGCAGGCUGGACACCUCCUCCGGGAUCCCGUCCCAUUCCCCGCGCUCCUCGAGGGUGGUCCUCAGCUGA